AUGGCGGAUCUGUUCGGGGAGAACCCGACAAGAUAUAUCAAAUCGUCGAAGAACUCGGACGAGGCGAUUUCACAAUUCGGCAAGGUGUUCAAAGGACUCAGAAAAGAUGACGGCGAGGUGGUCGCUAUCAAGAUACUCACCAUCGACGAAACGGCGGAUGACGAUACGUUUCGUUCGGUGGCGAAGGAGAUCCAAAUGCUGCGCGACUGCAACCACCCCAGCAUCGUCGGAUUCUACGGUGCCUACAUCAAGGACAACGAACUCUGGAUCAUCAUGGAGUUCUGCGAUGCCGGCAGCUGCUCGAAGAUGAUGACCAAAAUGGGCAAGAACUUUCUCGAGGAGGAGAUCGCGGCGGUGGUGUAUCAGGUGCUGCAGGGACUGGAGUACCUGGCCAAUGCGCGUAAGAUGCAUCGCGACAUCAAAGCCGACAACCUGCUCCUCAAGUCCUCGGGCGAGGUCAAGAUCGCUGACCUGGGCGUUGCGGCGCAGCUGAAGAACACGAUGGACUUUCACAAGACCGCCACCGGAACCCCGUAUUGGAUGGCCCCGGAAUUAGUCAGCGAGACUCGAUACAAUUCUAAAGUCGACGUGUGGUCGCUUGGCAUCAGCGCAAUAGAGCUGGCCGAGCGCAAGCCACCACUAUUCGAUUUUGUCCCCAUGCGGACGCGACCACCACCGACGCUCUCCAAACCGGGCGAUUGGAGUGCGGAGUUCAAUGACUUCAUAGCCAAGACCCUCGUCAAGGACCCCGAGAGCCGUGCCUCGGCCACGGAGCUUCUCGAGCAUCCGUUCAUCGCAAAGGUCAAGCCACGAAGCAAGGAGAUCGUCGCGGGGCUCGUGCAGCGGUACAACAGAGUAAUGACAGAGAGGCGAAACCAACGUGACGAAAAAAAGAGAUUGAAUUUGGAGAGGGAAAAGGAUAAGAUUGUGAGGGAUGGGUAUGCGGAAGACGAAAGCGACGAGGACGGUGAAGGCGAUAGCGACGAAAAGAACGAAAUCGAAAGCGGAGCGAGACGGAAAAAGAGAGAAAGCGACGAAGACAACGAAAACGAAGAGGACGCGGAUGACGAUGAAGAAGGCGGCGCAAGAACGAAGAAAAAGAAGACGGUGUUGUUGGUGAGGAGGAAGGCGAAAACGGGCUCGCGCACGCCCAGUCCCGCCACGACGCCCGAGAUCAAAGAACGAAAAACAAUACGACAGCGACUCAAAGUGCGAAGGCUGGCCGCGCGGGAGCAGAAAAUGAAGACCCUCGACGACAAUGACACCACUCGCACACCCGCCGUCGACGGCGUCGACGCCACUUCUCCCGUCUCGCUCUCCUCGUCCGCCUCCGCGACCGCCGCCGGUUCGGGCGCGACAUCCUCGUCCGCCUCGCUCGGCUGGUGGCAGCGAACCGACAAGAAGCUGCGGUCGACCUUCAAGAAGCUCGACCUCACCGCCGCCACGAACAACAACAACGGAAGCCAGCUCAAGACGUCGAGGGACAGAUCGCCAACAACGUCAGCCAGCAAGCCAUCGUCGUCGCCGAAGCAGCCACCAACGCCGCGCGACCGCCGCGGCCGAAAGACCGGAGGCAGCGCGAUCGCCGGACUGAAUCCGUCAUCGGCGACCAAGCGUCGGGCGGCGGCCAAGAAAAAGAAGACCACCGGCACCAGCGGCGCGAAGAAGAGCUCGCGGGCGAGGACCAAGUCGAAGUCGGAGGCGGAGCCCGAAGACGACGACGGCACGACGACCGGUUCAAACACGAACACGGAAGACGAGGAGGUGUCUACCACGGAUGGCGAAGGAGGAGGAGGAACGGGGCGAAGGCGCGGGUCGAGGGUGGUGGCCGAGGAGGGACCAGAAGCGGCGAGAGGGAUGAUGGGUCGGCUCGGACGACGGUGGAGCCUCGUCUGCUUCCACCCGAGCGAAAUCAACCGCGUCGGGAAGAACGAAAGCGACGGCCAGAGGAAGAACGAAAACGACGAAUGGAUUAGAGACGAGAAGAGACGAGGCGAAGCGAAGACAGAGUCGGGAUCGGGACUUUCGUCGCCGGACUCGGAGCUGGUCACGUGCGAGGUGUUCGAGCUGUGCGAUCGGUGUGCGGUGUUCGCCGAGCCCAAGGCCUGGCAGGCCGCGCCCUGGCCGCCCUCUCCCGCCCAGAAGAAGGUCAAGCGCUCCGCCUCCGAGCGUACACUCAUGGGCGGCCGUGGUUCGGGGAUAGCGAAGAUUGAGGUGAGCAAGAUAUCGGACCUGGUCCAGCUCUUGAAGGACCCCAAGGAGGGGCUCGUGCGGCGCACACGAAAGCUCAAAAAGCAGGAGUACAAGAAGGCCUUCGUCGGGUCGGAGGCAGUGGAGUGGAUGGUGACACGACUGCGAAUCAAUACGCGAAAGGCGGCCGUGCACCUGGGCGAAACGCUCAUGCAUCGAGGCAUCAUCGAGCACGUGAGCAACUCGGAGCCCUUCCUCGACUCCAAGACGUCCUACUACCGAUUUCGACCGGAGAAGACGCGACAAAUCAACGUGUGGUAUCCCGACGAAAAGAUAACGUAUCUCAUCGACAUGAUGCGGCUCAAUCUGGAGUUCAAAACGCGGACGUGGCGCCUCACCAAGUACAAGAAGACGUUCAAAGGCGGCGACCUGGUCGACUGGCUAACCAAACACCUGAAGCUGUCACGAGAGGACGCUGUCGCCUUUGGCGAGGAAAUGAUGCGACGAUCGAUCUUCCAUCACGUCACAUUCUCGGAGCCAUUCGACGACGAGCCCAACCUCUUCCGCUUCUACCAGGACGAGAAGAAGUACAGGACGGCGACGAGAGCAAAGCUAAGGCAAUCGACAUUGUCGGCCGAUCGGGUCAGAGGCCUCCAGAGCGCGCAGGGCAGCAGCGGAUCGGGCAGCUUCUCUGGCGGCAUGCGACCCGUCAACAAGGUCUCCUCCGGCCGCGACGUGCGCGAACGCUACCGCGAUGUCUGA